AAGGGGGAGGAGUGCAGAGUACGAGGGCCAGCUGGGCGGGGCAAUCUAUCUCUGCAAUAGGCGGAGCAGAGGCCUCCCGGAACCCGGAAGUUACGAUGGUACCCCGUGCCCCGCCCUUCCGUACUUCCAAAGCUUUUCCCGCCGCGGCUCCAUACCUUGCUGUGGAGCUCCAUCCGUCCCGCGCCUCCAGCCUCGUUUAGAGACAAGAAGUAAAGUGGCUGCUGGAGAAGGAGCCGGAGUUUGAAGCAGCAACGAGGCCUGGAAAAGAUGGAGGAGCUUCACCAGAGGGACUCACUGGGGCUAAGUUACUGCCUCUACAGGGAGCCUGAAGUGCCAGGGAUGGCCUUGGAGAGGGACAGACUCCCAGCCCAGGAGGUGGUGACGUUCAAGGAUGUGGCUGUGGAUUUCACUCGGGAGGAGUGGUGCCUCCUUUCCCCUCCCCAGAAGGGGCUGUACAAGGAGGUGAUGCUGGAGAAUACCCGGAACCUGCUCUCUGUGGGGCUUUUAGCUCUCCCAGAAAAAGUGAUCUCUUAUUUGGAGCAGAUGGAUGUCCCAUGGAUGCUGGACCAAGAAGGUCUGAGGAUCUGGUACCCAGCUCCCUUCAGGGGAUCAGUCUGUGAUCCUUUCAAGAAGUCAGUGUUUGGGACUGAAGGGCCUUGAAGUCUUCUGCAGGUUCCAGAAGGACGGAGCUUAUCCUCUCUAGCCUCAUUAGUAUCCAGAAACAUGUAUGAG